GACUCAUGGGCUGACUACAUGCAUCCAACUUGGCCACAGGUCCUCGGGCGUCGCUUGGGCGCCCCGGUGCACAACUUCGCGCAAGCAGGCUCCCUAUGUGCAGAUAUUCGGGGCCAAGCACAAAGGGCGAUCAUGAGCCCGCAGGUGCCGAAAGCGCCUGGCGGGUUGCUGUCGCCGGAGACGCUGGUGGUGGUCCACACGUGCGGCAAUGAUUUCAUUAUGAAGAUGGCGGAGGCCUUUAUGGGUGGAGGUCUUGGGUUUCUUGGUGGCGUGCAAGGCGGCAUGGCCACGCCAGAGAUGCUGCAGCCCAACCCUGGGGUGUCAGAGGUGCAAAUCAUGAAGGAGUUCCUGGUGUCCAUGCACCGGGCGGGCGCCAGGAACUUCUUGGUGUCUGGUGUGCCGAUCUUUCUGGACAUGCCAGUGUUCAACAUGGCCAUGCCAGUCAUUGCCGGCAUGGUGAAUUCUGGCAAGCUGGAGGCACUGGGCGUGUCGCCUGGAGACCCUCCGCGACUGGCAGUCGAGGUGCAGGCCACAGCCCUGCACGAGCGCUGGGAGGAGCUGGUGCAGGACUUCAGCAAGAGCCAUGCGGACAGCACCUGUGUCUUCUUUGAUGAGGUGGCGGCGCUGGAGCGGCUGCGGCACUCCUUCGGCCCCGCGGUCUUCGACCGCUCCAUGUGGGACUUCUCCAUGUUCCACCCCACACAGUGGGGUCACGAUCAGCUGGGCGCGGAGGCCCACCGCCUCACCACGGAGAAGUUCCCGGGGCUGGCACCAUCCACCAACGGGGUUGCGCACACCAACGGGGUCGCGCACACCAACGGGAGUGCGCACACCAACGGGGUCGCGCAUAGCAACGGGGUCGCGAAGACCAACGGCUAUGCCAAAGAAGGAGCAUCUGCGCCGGCCGACGGAAAGGGCAAGGCCAUGAAGGUGAACGUGCGCAAUGUCAAGGGGGACGUCUCCCUGGAAGUGGCCUGCGAGGGCAGUUGGACCACCGCGCGUCUGCGGGAGGCUGCCGCAUCCUAA